UAUCCGUUGGUGAAAAUGCGGAAAAUAUCUAAGUAUAAUAUGGUAAUGUCCGAUAGAGCAAACACAAUGAAGUUGGAAGCUGAAAUGGCUACACCGUUGCAUCUGCAAAGAUUAGAACGUAGCCUCAAUUUAGAACCUUUCUUGAGGCAAAUCAAUGAUCUUUUUCAAGAACAAGCUAGUGAAGAUGACAAGUCUGUCUCAUCAGAAUCUUCUGAUGGUUCAGAUGCUUACAUUGAAAAUGUACUCACUCGUAAAGAAGAAACAAGAAUCAAUAAACUAAGAGUAUACAACAUGUCAAGUGUGGGAGAAGAACGACGAUGGUUACAGGAUAUUCUAUUAAGUGAUUCUUCUGACAGUUCUGCAUCAGGUUCUGAUACAGAUAGCCCAAUCACAGAGGAAGAUUUUCAAGAGAUGUUGAAAGUUCAUAUAUUACGAAAGAAAUAUCAAGGCCGUUUCUAUCAAAAACCAGAAAAUAUACAAUAUCAAUAUUACAGUGCAGGUUUACUGUCAAAUUAUGAUAGAUUUUUAGAACAUCAAAAACUAAUUGUAGGAAAUAAAAAAAAGAAAGAGAAAAAACCUGACAAAAAAAUCAUGAAAAUUAAAAAGGAAAAAAUUAAUCGUCAUCGAACAUCUGAAGAAUAUCAUAAAGGAGAUUUUCCAGGAGGAGAAUGGGAUAAAUCAAUCCCUAGGGAGGAAGAAUUAGACGAGGCUGAAUUAGAGGCUAUAAUGCGUCAUCAGCCACGAGCUAGAGGGAGAAAGAAACAUAAUACUAAAAGUGCAGAAGUAAUGACGAUGAGAAGAAAAAAAAUAUGGGUUAUGAUGUCUAAGAAAGAAUUAGGCAAAGUACAACGGGCAAAAUCUAAUAAUCAUAAGGAAAUGCUAAUAAGUUGUAAAAAGGUAGCACAGCAUUGCAUGAAAUAUUGGAGACAAAAAGCUAUGCAGUCGCAGAAAAAUAUGAAGGAGACUAUUUGGAGGGCUAAACGUUUGACAAGAGAAAUGCAGUCUUACUGGAAACGUUAUGAUCGAGUCGAGCGGGAAACUAGGAAAAGAUUAGAAAAAGAAGCUGAGGAGCAACGUAAAAUGGAUGUAGAACUAAUUGAAGCAAAACGUCAGCAAAGGAAAUUGAACUUUCUAAUCACUCAAACAGAAUUGUACGCGCAUUUUAUGUCACGAAAACUAGGCAAAGCAUCACCCGAAGAACAGCUAAGAAUCCUGAAUCAACUAGACGAAGAAAAGAAUCCCAGGCUUAUUGGUAUCGACGAUUACGAUAGUGAGGUCAUGAAACUGAAAGCAAAGAGAAAUGCUACCGAAGCAUUUGAUAAUGAGAAAGCCAGGACUAAGCAAUUUGAUACAGUCACUACGUCUCAAGAAUUGCGUCUCAGCGACACACCUGACAAUUUGGAACACCCUCAACCCUCAAUUUUCAAAGGGAAUCUGAAAGGUUAUCAAUUGAAAGGAAUGAAUUGGUUGGCGAACUUGUAUGAUCAGGGUAUCAGUGGAAUAUUAGCUGACGAAAUGGGUCUGGGAAAAACUGUGCAAUCUAUAGCAUUUUUGUGUCAUGUUGCUGAAAGAUAUUCCGUUUGGGGACCAUUCUUAAUUAUAUCACCAGCUUCGACACUACAUAACUGGCAACAAGAAAUGGCAAGAUUUGUACCAGUAUUCAAGGUGGUUCCAUAUUGGGGUAACCCUCAAGAACGCAAAAUACUGAGACAGUUUUGGGACACUAAAGAUUUGCAUACAAAAGAAGCAUCUUUCCAUGUAGUGAUUACAAGUUAUCAGUUAAUAAUUACGGAUUAUAAGUACUUUAAUAGAAUAAAGUGGCAAUACAUGAUUUUGGAUGAAGCACAAGCUAUAAAAAGCACAAGCAGUAUGCGAUGGAAAUUGUUAUUGGGAUUCAGUUGCCGUAAUAGAUUAUUGCUUAGUGGUACUCCAAUACAAAAUAGUAUGGCAGAAUUAUGGGCAUUGUUACAUUUUAUUAUGCCGACUUUGUUUGAUUCGCAUGACGAAUUUAACGAAUGGUUCUCAAAAGAUAUUGAAAAUCACGCGGAAAAUAAAACGGGCAUAGAUGAGAAACACUUGUCAAGGCUGCAUAUGAUUCUUAAACCUUUUAUGUUACGAAGAAUAAAAAAGGACGUAGAAAAUGAACUAUCCGAUAAGAUUGAAGUAAUGGUGUAUUGUCCGCUUACAACGCGUCAAAAAUUGCUUUAUUCAGCGUUGAAAAAAAAAAUUAGGAUAGAGGAUUUACUGCAUUACACAGUAGGUGGAGGGGACACUGCAUCUAACGACAAAAAUUUUACUUCCAAUCUAAUGAAUCUAGUCAUGCAGUUCCGAAAGGUCUGUAAUCAUCCAGAACUCUUUGAACGUAGAGACGCUAAAUCGCCGUUCUUUAUGAACACUGAAUUAUAUAAUCUGCCCGUUUUGCUGUAUAACGAGGGACUUUUGCAUCUAGCAUUACCAUCCAAGGAUCAUUUGUUGUCUAAUAAGUUGUUUAUAUUCGCAGCUGAAUAUAUUCACCGUGCUAUUCAGUGCAAUGAAAAUUCAUACGAAAAUACUUUUUCAUUUAGUAGAUUUAUUAACUUAUCUCCGAUGGAAAUGAAUAAGAUUUUUAUCGCUGGAACUUUAUUUAGAUUAUACAUAAUAACGUUAAUGAAAAGAAGGUUAAAAAUGGUACAGUACUGGGAGAAUUGGAGCGUUGAUAACAGAUCGAGAAUACCCACGAAUCAAAUGUUUUACUUGCCUAGAAAAAUUGAGGCUUUAGCGUCGACGUCGCAAGAUUUACUGUUUACGAGAAAGAUAAUUGAGGGCGAGACUUUGUAUGUACACACCACCCAUACGAUACAUUCGAUGCCGGAAACUGUCGCUCACAGGAUACUGCGUAGCAGUAAAAAAUCUGCUAAUCAAUUGAUGAAAUUACAGAGAAUACUUCCUGUUGGCAAGGCAGAACAAGCGGAAGACUCAAAGUUAGCUUUGCUGCCUGAACAUCCGCAUCAUCCGCGACAACCUAUAAUGCGAUAUUGCCAAGAGACAAUGAUUCCCGCCUUUGUUUGCGAUAAGAAUCCCAAGGUUCAAGCUAGUCCGCGUAAAUUAUAUGUUAGUAGUAGUUCCGCGGCAUGUGCUUGGAAAAGGCAUGAAGAAUGUGGCGGAUUAUUUGGUCAAAAAUUACUUUGGUUCGGCUGUGAACGAGCACUUUCUUCAACAGAAAAAAAUCCGAGUAUGCGCAUCGGUCAAACAACGUCAACGUUUUGCUAUCAGCCGCCGGGAGGAUUGUCCGCGUGUGCUCCUGUUAAUGGAUGGUCAAAUAUCAUUGUGCCAGAUAAGCAAACAUUAGUAACGGACGCCGGCAAGUUAUCCGUACUAGACAGCCUCUUGCGACGCCUGAAAGAGCAAGGACACAGAGUGCUCAUUUACUCUCAAAUGACGAAAAUGAUCGAUUUACUUGAGGAGUACAUGUAUCACAGGAAACAUACUUUCAUGAGAUUGGAUGGUUCGUCAAAAAUAUCGGAUCGCCGGGACAUGGUAGCGGAUUUUCAGAAAAGAGCGGACAUAUUCGUCUUUCUGCUCAGCACUAGAGCUGGCGGCCUGGGAAUAAACCUCACCGCAGCAGACACGGUCAUAUUUUACGACAGCGAUUGGAACCCCACGGUAGAUCAACAAGCUAUGGAUCGUGCCCACAGGCUGGGGCAGACAAAGCAAGUCACGGUCUACCGAUUAAUAUGCAAAGGAACUAUCGAAGAGCGAAUUCUGCAGAGGGCACGCGAGAAGAGCGAGAUCCAACGCAUGGUUAUAAGCGGCGGGAAUUUCAAGCCCGAUACUCUGAAACCCAAGGAAGUGGUCUCGCUUCUAUUGGACGAUGAAGAAAUCGAAGCUAAAUACAGCCAACGAAGCGAGGAGAGAAAGCAGCAACGAGCGGAGGAGGUUCGCCUUGAGUCGAACCUACAGCACAAGGAGAAGGACCGGAAGAGGAAGUUAACCGCGCUUCCGGUCAAGAACGACGCGAAGAAGCAAUGCCUCGCCGACGCUAAUGGCGACAAAAACAACGAUGCCGUUCAAAUUAAUGUUAAUGAACCUAAACCGGCCGUCAAUCCGAUUCAGUCACAGCACCAGAACAAUCACCAUCAGCAGCAACAGUUAGAAAGUGCGGAUAAUUACAGCACGCCGACCAGCCCGGCCAAGUCAGAGGACGAAACAAGCAAUGAGGGUCUGGUGGUGGACGUAGACGGCCCGGUGGCAGCUUCCGGUGGCGAGGCCCGCCAAGCUCGAGGCAAUCCUCAGUUUGGCGAACCGUCCAAGGUCGCUCGACUCGGUCACCACUUUGCUUUCGGCGUGAAUGCCGGCGCGCGUAUGCGACAAUCUGUGCGUGGUGCCAGCAAACGUGGUAGACCAAGAGGUUCCCGUAGAGGAGGCCCGAUCGGCGGUAAAGGCAGAGGUCUGCAUCUUCCGCAUCCAUCGUCCAAGUCUGGCAACGCAGUAGACAGUCAAUCUCCACCUUCCUUGUCGCCAACCGGUGGUGGCAAUGGUGCUGGUUCCUCCAGCGAACAGACGGUGCAGCAGGGAGCGCACACGAUCACCGGCCCGGCCGACGGCGACGGUCCCAGCACGGUAGGUCCAUUAGGUCCACUGAGUACUCUGACCCCUUUAUCUGGACGCGGCAACAUGGCGGGGAUUCGUAGGGGCCCGGGAAGACCGAGACUACGACCGACUGGACCUGGACACCAAGGCUAUCGGACAAGUAGCGGGCAUCACCAUCACGGUAAGAAACUCCAGCGAUUGUUGCCGGUGCCGAUCAAGUCUCACCAGACGCUCGCCAGCGCCGGCAAUCAGCAUAAGACAACAGCUUCGCCCUCGCCACUGCAGCAGAAGCAGAAGCAAAAGCAACAACAGCAGCAGCAGCAACGUCCCAACGUCUCGUCAUCGUCUUCGUCGUCGUCCUCGUCAUCGUCGUCGUUAUCCUCGUCGGUCACCGUCACCACCGCGAACUCAACGCAGCUGUUGACUUCGUCGUUGGGGCCGUCGGUGUCGUCCUCGAGCGACUCACGACCCUUCGGCUUCUACACGCAGCAACAGCCGCCGCGAGGACCGUCGUAGUCGCGCGAAGCGCGAGGUCGGUCACCCCCCAAUACGACGACGCGACAAUAUGGGCGUCCCGCGACGUCGCAGCGUCGACCAAGUCCCCUCCAUCCGAGGCGUUUCUUUUCCGUUUCUUCUUCCCGGCCCGCGCGAUAAUCAAUGCACGACUAGUGCCGCGGAUCGGCAGCACUAUGUGCGAGGACAUAGUAUCCUUUGCGAAGGAAGAAUCCUGUGCGCUCAUCGAUGUUCCGAUGGACUCGAUUUAGGUGUCGAUGACGACGUUUGGCAGAAUGGCGUCGCUUGUGAAGCGAUCGCGUCGAGCUGCUCGAGGACCCGGGAACUCGUCGUGGAACUAUUUGGCGAUUGGUGUCGGAAACGCGAGUUUCAGACUAAUGGAAAGUUGCCGAUCGCGAUUUCACGCAUCGCCGACUUUCCGGAUGUCAUGAAUCUCUUCCGCGGUCAAUCAGUCGUCGCCACGCGACAAAACAUACGGUUUCCCCCGGUCUCGACGUGAGACAACGCUGUGAAUUGGUUCUCAUUAGAACCAAGUUUCUCUCGGUUGACAACUUUUACACCGAGAGUGAAGUCCGGCGGAUAUAAUGAUUCAAUCAAAGAUUAACAAACAGAUAUACUUUCGAAUUAAGCUUUCCGAUCAAUUUUUGAAUCUUUGAAUAUAUUGUUUGAAAUAUCUGUUCGUUAAUGCCUGAACUUUCCUUGCAGUGCGAAAUUUCUUGAAAUGAAAUCUCACUCAGAACGACCAAAAGUCACUCGACAGUGGGAAUUAACUUACUUUAACUUACGAGUUAAACUCCAAUUAAGUAAGUUGUGGAACCAGACUUUUCAAUUUCGAGUAGAAAUGAACACCCAACGACACAGAAUUCACACUGCGAGUGCGAAAUAAUUCCAUUGACUCGUCCGUCACUCUGCUCUUCAAGUGAGUUUCACUCCGAGAGAUUUAAAGUCUGUUCUUUUUAGCUCAACUGUCUGAACUGAUCCAAUAAGUUAGAAUGAGGCAAAUAUAUUUCGCUUCACUCUAACAUAUUGCACUAGUUGAGGCGGUUUAGCUAAAAAAAGACAUUUAGAGAACGUGGAAAAGUUUUAUUAUGAGUAGUCGCGAGACGUGAUAAUUUCUUCAAUGUAAGGAAAACGGGGAAUGUUUUCGGACAGCUUUGCAAUGGAUCCUCCGAUCGGUACACACACUCUUACGUAGCUUUCAAUCGGGAUGCAAAAGUGCACUCUCGGGUCGCCACCGAUUGCUCUCUAAGCGCUUCGAACGUUCUGUCAGACGUGGUCGCCAUGUAUUCGUUGUGUCGUAAAUCUGACUUUCGUCGAGUAGUAGACGUUUUUUAUCAUUCAUCUCUCAUCUAGCCCUCCUCCGCUCUAGUGAUAAUUGCAAUGUGAAAGAAAGUGAGCGUUGACAAUAUUUAGCUACUCGCACGUUCACGGCGAUAUACAAGUGUAUUUAUUUCGUUUAUUUAUGACGUGCAGGAGCAGAAAUGUGGGAGAAGGUCCAGGUUAAACGUCAGAAAGUACGAUCGACGUCAUUUAUAUUCACCAGGUACUUAAUUAGUCCCCGCAAUCGCCACUACGGACCUUUCCUUAUCCUUCUUUCAUCAAUCCUCUUGGUUCUUCACGGUGUAAUUUCAAACAUUUCGACUCGAGUUCGAUUAAUUGGACACACGUGGUCGAGAUUCCCUCAUUGGAUCGCCGCGAUCAUUUGUUGCGAGAAGCAGGCGAAUCGUAUUCACCAGUAUAUUGAUAAAUCGAUCGCGAUUCCGUAUGUGGCACGCAGAUGUACAUGAUACAUAGAUAUAGCUCUUGAUUUUAUUCUUAUUGUACGAUUAGCUAAUCGAUUUACAUUAAUCAAUCGAUCGUUUCGACGUCGUCACGCGAACGGCGACCGCCGGAUGGCGAAUUCGUCGACGAGCAGGCUAACGCGAAAGAGGAGGGAAAGUAUCUUACAUCUUCUCCCUGUCCCCCUUCCCCUUCUGCCAUCACUCGCUCUCACGGCGUCAUUGUACAUUGUCACUAAUGAUAGCAUUAUUCCGUUACUAGACUUGGCUAGCCGAUAUUUUUUAAGUAUAUUACGAAACGUCGUUAGGCCAAUUCAAUUUGUAAAAGAAUAGUAUUUAUAUUAGCAAUAAACACACAGGCGGAAAUUCAACCUCUA